AUGGAGAACGUGCCCCCAGCUAUGGGCAGCGACACCUUUUUCCUCGACGACGCUGGGCUGCGCCCGAAGCACAACGCGAAGGCCUCGAGGCAAAAGCGAUCGCCCGCACUGAAUCUCAGGACCAACGCUGAUCGCGAAGAUGAGGACUCCCCCAACGAGUCUGGCCUUUUGACCCCACCGUCCUCCCAAACGCAAGAAGACAUGGACCCCGUGCGCAUGCUAUUCAGCCCACCUCCAGAGGACAUACUCCGGGAUGUUCACCGCUCUGCUUCACGUGCUCAAUCGGUCCCUACGCAACCCUUCUCACCAUCACCUGCCGACUUCAGUACUGGAGGGAGCUCAAAGCGCAAACGGAACGCUCACAAUCGGUCUGCCUCUCACACUGCAUUGGAGUCCAUUUUCAACGAGCCACCAGGUAGCCUUGUCGUCAAUGAGGCUACCCCCAAUCCCCGCCCUCGCAAGCAAACCAAUCACGGCUCCUCUCGCCGCUCCGCCAAUCCUCCGGAAGAGCCUGGAACACCUACGCGUGCUUCACAUGGUCGAAGCGAAUCACCCUCCAAGCGUGUGUUACUCCUCUCCCCUCAUUGCAGCAACCCGAGCGCGGAUUACAUCCCUCCCCUGCCCACUUUAUCGCAUCAAUCUCUUUCCUCGCGGAGACGAUCAACGACCCCGAUACCUCAUUAUGAACCUCCCGCGGAACGGUUUACUCCCCCUCGUGAAAUCAUCCACACCCCUCCUAGGAACACCCGCUCCCCCGAUAAAGUUACAAAGUCCAGCAAACGCAAGUCUACUGUUCCGAAGAGCAAAAAGAAACUCGUGUUGACCAUUAAGAAAGAGCCUCCAGAAAUUGACCUCAGCCUUCCACCUCCACCUGCGUCUCCCAGCGACGACCCCCUACUACUCAAGGGACUCCCAGGACCACCACGGCGCCGUAAAUCCGUCCUAGGUUCCGUAGUGACGGCCACUCCGCUAAGCUCCCGCAAAACCCCUUCAAUUGCCUCCUCAUCUGCCAGUCCCCCUAGUAAUGUCCGCACCGAACCUCUUCCUGAGUUGAACUCCAGCAGGGACAUCAGUAUGCAGCAGGAAGACGACGACGAAGACGAUUCAUUCGCCGGUGCGCCCCCGGCCUUCGAUUUCACAAACGUCCCGGAAGACACUGGCGCGUGGACGGACGAUUCAGAUCCCGAAGAGUUCGACCAGAGCGGGGAGUUCACAGGACGGUUUAAAGUCCUCACUGUGCCUACGAAGGCAGACCCACCGAGUAGUUGCACACGUAGCCGCCAGGAGGCUUGGGGCAACCCGUACAGCCCUUUCCCUGGCCCGCGACGUCGGAGUUUUCCGGCCUCCAGCUCUCCGCCCCUCAAAGCCGUCGCUGACCCGGAAGAAGAUGUGGAAGCCGGAGGAAGUCUUGACGACGAGGACGUAUUCUUCCUGGACAACACAGCGUUGGAUGCUUCGAGAGAGGGCCUCCCAGGAGAGCUUUAUCAGCAGUCCUAUGGCGCCGAGGAAGGUGACAGUACGGAGGACCAGCAGACAGCCCCAGAAACACCACCUCCCAGCAGCUCCGUCCUUGAACGAUCCCCGUCCCCCGUUCCAGUCGUUGAUGUCGAAUCUCAGGAAGACAGCUUCUCCAGCUCGGGGCAUCAAGUGCGAUUUGGUGAGGUGUAUGAGGACUUCUCUAUGGAAUUACACGGGGAGUCGUCCAUGGAGGACGCCCAGGUUGUCGACCCCAGCAUGUCCAUCCUUGAAAAUGAGUUGGAGGAAGACGAAGACGACAACGUUGAUGUUGAAGAUGCUCCCGAUCCACAUGACUCCAGCGACGAAGAGACUGUCGAUCGUGAGCUCUCCCGACCUUUGGAGCUCGACAGUGAUGAAGAGCACGAACACCAUGACACGCGCCCCAAACCUCCUACUGUCCCAACACCCCCACGUCCGGCGUUCACUCCUGCACGAUCACUAUCUCCUACCUCUGGUCCUCAAGCACGACCCAGAGGAUUCAUAUCCAUCACCUCCCCUCUCCGGCGGCACAAGUCUCCUGACAUCCAGGUGGUGUGCGACGCAUCGUCUAUGCCUUCUAUUCAAGCCGUCUUCGCGACACCUGUGAAUGCUCAGCCUCCCAGUGAAUCUGAAGCAGAGACAUCCCCGGCUGUGCCACGGUCCUGGGAGGAUGUGGAGAUUCCUGCGGAUGGCCCAGCUGUCGAGGAAACGUUGGUUGACGAGGGUUAUGUGGCAACCGACGCCGAGGACGAGAGUGGGGAUGAGAGUGGGGAUCUCGACGAUGGAGUUGUCAAGAUCACUAGCGACGACCCUCGGGUCGCUGCGCGCGCCGCGGCGAUUCUGAAGAUGCACGACUACAACCUCGUGAUCAAAGACCCUUCUCGCAAGCGUCGUCACUCGAGCAUCGAUUCCGCACUGCGUAAGGCUCGACGCCGUUCCACCAUGGAAGGUGCUGUUGGGAAGUCAAGCACUCCUGUGAACCGGCGUCGCACCCUUGGCGGUAUCGUCGGGGACAAAGUCUUCAUCCCUGGCAGUCCUCUGACGACAAUCCCUCAACUCUUGCAAGAUGCUGAGCGGUCUAUCUUGCAGACCCCGUCUCGCAACGGGUCGUUUUCCUUGGACGCUAGCGGCACUUUUAAGCUUCCUCUUCCCACUCCUAUCGACAGCCCAAUGUUCGAAACCCCACGUCCGGGAGCACGUGCAUGGGCUCGCCCGUUAUUCAACGUCGAAGGCCCCCGGGCAUGGUCCAAGGACGACUGGAAGCUAUUGGAUUCGUGCUUCACAGAUGAGCGACUUGCGCUUGGUGCCCACAGGGGCAUUGGCGAGGCGGUCCUGGGUCCUGUAGAGGACGUCGACCUUGAGAAAGUCGUGAACCGGUUCCUAGACCAGACCGGAGGAAUCCCUGUGGAUGAAUGCUGGCCUGGUUGGACGAGGGAGAAUCUCCUUCGGAGAGCACAUGCACUCCAGAAAAAGCAACGUUCUGGAAAGGCUGCCCCCCCUACCCCCAGCGGACGUUUCGGUUCUGUCACUCUUUCCGACGUUCCAGAUUUCACCCCUUUACCAAGCCGCCAGUCAUCGGUACAACCUGGUCUUGAACGACACGGUUCGAUGAGCUCGACAUCAGGUAGACCCGUGGUUCCCGCGUCGCUGCUAGCUCCCCGGUAUUCUCAUCUCCUCGACGAGGCAGUGGCCAUCUCCCGAAACGAGCCUGGUCCCUCCACGCCGCCCAACGCAUACCGCAGUGUAUCAGCACCGUCCCCCGCCGCGGCUGCCAGAGCGGAAUCUGAGGUCCCAGGCGCAGGUGACUACUCCAUGGCGAUGCCACCCCCGCCUCCCCCGCAAUCCAUCACUUCGCGAAUGAAGGGCUUCUUCUUCUCCUACCUCCCUCGCGCCACCAAGCCCUCCGCCGUGCGGAAACCCAAGAAACCAGCGCAUCCUGGCCUCCCCAUCCCCCCUCCCGAAGUCUUCGCCAAGCCGCGCGGCCCGAUCUCCACCCCCGUCUCGAAACCUCUCGAGCGCUCUGCGCACCCGAAGGAACUCGUCAACCUCAACCACGCCCCGCCCCCCAAGCCGUCUCGGAUCCCGCGCCCGGCGCCGCCGCGCAGGCUGGUAGAGCUGCACCCCGCGCCGGCGCCGCCGGAGCCGCGCCCGCGCUCGUCGAUGAGCGUGCUCAGUGACCGAAGGAGCAGCAGCGGAAGCGUGCGAGACCUCGUCAAGGGCUUCGAGAGCCUGGAGAAGCAGCAGGCGCAGGAAGUUCUUGACGACAGCACAAGGCUCCGUCGCGUGAAGAGCAUCGGAGAGUGGGUUGUUGCCGCGGGGCCUGGGGCCGCGUCGCGGGCGCAGCAGAGCGGCAAGCCUGCGUGGAAGUGA